AUGAAUCUUCUAUGCAAGACAAAAGUCUACCCUGAUGAGCUCCCAAAUACAAGUGUCGUUAUAGUGUUUCAUAAUGAAGCCUGGAGUACUUUGCUUCGAACUGUUUACAGUGUUAUAAAUCGGUCCCCGCAUCAUUUACUUUCUGAGGUCAUCUUGGUAGAUGAUGCCAGUGAAAGAGAUUUUCUGAAGGCCGCAUUAGAGAAUUAUGUGAAAAAUUUAGAAGUGCCAGUAAAAAUUAUUAGGAUGGAACAACGGUCAGGACUGAUCCGUGCUCGACUAAGAGGAGCAGCCGCUUCUAAGGGCCAGGUCAUAACUUUCUUGGAUGCACAUUGUGAAUGCACUUUAGGGUGGCUUGAGCCCCUGCUGGCAAGAAUAAAGGAAGACAGAAAAACUGUUGUCUGCCCAAUCAUUGAUGUGAUAAGCGAUGAUACUUUUGAAUACAUGGCUGGAUCAGACAUGACAUAUGGCGGGUUUAACUGGAAACUUAAUUUUCGCUGGUACCCUGUUCCUCAGAGAGAGAUGGACAGGCGGAAAGGAGACAGAACCUUGCCUGUAAGGACCCCUACUAUGGCUGGUGGCCUAUUUUCUAUUGACAGAAACUACUUUGAAGAGAUAGGAACUUACGAUGCAGGAAUGGAUAUCUGGGGUGGAGAGAAUCUUGAAAUGUCUUUUAGGAUUUGGCAGUGUGGAGGCUCCCUGGAGAUUGUAACAUGUUCUCAUGUUGGACAUGUAUUCCGAAAGGCAACCCCAUAUACUUUUCCUGGUGGUACGGGUCAUGUGAUCAACAAAAACAAUAGGAGACUAGCAGAGGUCUGGAUGGAUGAGUUUAAAGACUUUUUCUAUAUAAUAUCCCCAGGUGUUGUUAAAGUGGAUUAUGGUGAUGUUUCAGUAAGAAAAGCAUUAAGAGAAAAUCUGAAAUGUAAACCCUUUUCAUGGUACCUAGAAAACAUCUAUCCGGACUCCCAGAUUCCAAGACGCUAUUACUCACUUGGUGAGAUCAGAAAUGUCGAAACUAACCAAUGUCUGGAUAACAUGGGACGCAAAGAGAAUGAAAAAGUGGGCAUAUUCAACUGCCAUGGCAUGGGAGGAAAUCAGGUAUUUUCUUAUACAGCUGACAAAGAGAUACGGACAGAUGAUUUAUGCCUGGAUGUUUCUAGACUCAAUGGCCCUGUGAUCAUGCUGAAAUGCCAUCAUAUGAGAGGAAAUCAACUCUGGGAGUAUGAUGCUGAGAAGCUUACAUUGAGGCAUGUCAAUAGCAACCAGUGUCUUGAUGAACCCUCCGAGGAGGAUAAAAUGGUUCCUACGAUGAAGGACUGCAGUGAAAGUAGAUCCCAACAAUGGCUACUACGUAACAUGACCUUGGGUGCCUAAAGCUAGAAGAAACUUGAAAUGUUCCUUUAAGCCUUGCAAGGUGUCUAGACCUUCAUUCUUCCCUCAUUUGAAUCAGAAGAAAGGAUAUUCCUCUUCCAUUGUUCUCAGUUAAAUGACAAGCUUUGAAGCCCUGUUGGAAAUCCUACCAUCAGAACAGAGUCCUUUGGGGGCUUUCUCGUUAUGGCAUGUCUGCACGUGCCACUUUGAAAUUUGUAUCCAUUCAAAAUAAGCACAGGAGAAGCUACAAAUAGCAUAAUGUAUGCUAUUAUUAACACCAGAUGCACUUGAAAAAGUAUUUCCAGAUAAACCUUUAUGAACUUAAUAUCAAAGAGUUUGGGAGGUUGUUUUUUGUUUGUCACAUAAUAUUGCUUGAGGGUGACAUAAUGUAAAAUGCCUUAUGAAACUAACUUGCAUUGUGAAAGAUUAUAUCAGUCGUUUUAUAAACUUGCUGUAUUUGUACUGGCCCUUCAUAGCAACAUAGUGAGCAUAUUAGUUGCUAUCUCAUAUCAAAGGGUACUCAGUGAAGUACUAAAUUGAAAAGGUUUCCGAGCAGUAAAUUUACUGUACAUAAUGAAUGUUUCAUGUUUUGUGCCAGAAAAGGUAAAAUCGCUGUAUAUAAAAGUUCUUUAUAAAAGCAGCAAAAUUGAGCAAAAACACAUUAAAGAAUGGAAUCUAAAAUCAAAGAAACCACAGCAAAAGACAUUGGAUUAACAGUAUGGAGAGUGGGCAAUGUAUAUGAGUAAAACAGAUUAAUGUAAAUUGGAAUUAUCCAUGUAACCUGUCCAAAUGGAAGGUAAAUCACUGUGGGCCUCACUUGCACCCAUGGAAAUCUAUUCAUUUCAACGGGUAGCAUGAAUGGAACACUGAACUAGUAGCAAAAUUUGGUCCUCUGAGCCAAACUGUGACUAAGAGUUAGAUCAAAACUCAGUCUAAAACUGUUAACUUCUUAAAAACUGUAUCUACAUGCUGGAUACAAAGGCAUGCACAUUUUGGACAUCCAUGAUACAAAACAGAACCAAGUUAUAAAUAGAAUUUGAGCUCUAAUUCUGAACUUUCUUGUGUUAAUAGGCUUAUGGUAGAUGCUUAUUUAUAUUUCUAAAUAAUUUGGGGGGGGUUAAUUUCUUUUAUUUUAUUUGUUGUCAUGGAUAUUAAAAAUGUUUCACUGACAUGCUGUUGUCAAAGGUAUAAUAGGAACCAAUGCCACAUCAGCCAACGUGGUAAGUGUUUGUAGAUGUGUUUUGUGUAAUUUUAUUAAUAUUCAUUCAUAACUAGCAUUUCAGUAAAUCUCCAUUGUGCAUAUCCCCACAAAAUGGGCUUGUUAUAAAAAUAGUUUGGCUAAAUUUUGUGCUGUAGUCCUAAUGUAUGUCAUUUGCCCAGAAGGAGGUCCUAACACGGUAGAACCGGAGUCCAAACUGGCCAUCACAGAACAGCUGCGGAGCAGGAAGACCAGGAUCCUGCCUGUGGGCUGUAGGGUAGGUUCUGACCCCAUCAUCCACUCACAGAUGCUCAAACCAAGCCUCUUUACUCAUGCAUUUGUUGGUAUUUGGGCAUGGAACUGACUACAUUCCCUGUGUACAGGCUCCUCUGGUGAAUAUGUAUUAAUACCACCAUAUAUUUGCAUACUAUGGAUUGAUAGCUUUUGCACAUUUUCUUGAUAUGAAUUGUUAAAUGAAUACCAAAUGCAUGUUAAAUUGGAGACGUCAUUACUAUGCAUUCACAGUAGUUGUUUUUUCAAGCCCUCAUAUCUCAUCUUUUUUAACACCAAAAUCUAUAGUAUACCUUAACAGCUAGCAAAAAUGAAAAAGACUAUAAUUUUGUUGCCUAAAAAGAGCAUUAAAAAUCACAAACAAAAUCAUUUAAAUGCUAACAUUCAUCAAGAACAAAUUGCUACUUUUUAAUCAUCUCCUUUCAAAGGGCUAUAGCACAUGUACACCCAUAAUCCAACAUUCAUGCUGGUACAACACAUAUUUUGGAUACUAGCACUGCGGCCCUACUAACAAUAUUGGUGCUUAGUAGGGACUGCUAGAAUACCUAACAGCAGUUAGUAAUGUUAAUUUUUUUUGUUAUCCAUAAUGCAUCUUAUUUAAUGCGACUUAACUGCAAAUUGUGAAUUAAAUGUAAUUGCACUGCACUUUCCUGAAUGCAAGGUAUUCUCAAAAUUAUUAUUAGAAAGUAUUGAGAAAAUGUUACUGCAUUGUAUCUCAGUUUUAACCCCCGAGUCCCAAAAAACAGGUAAAAAACCAAAUGGACCCUUCUUUCCCAGGUAUGCUACAGAACUUAGUGUCUGUUUUCCCUCUGUAUGACAUGGACAUUGCCAUGAAUUCAACAAUGACCUUGGGCUGUUGUCCUUCCUGAUGACUAUUGAUUCAGCUUUAUUAUAUCAACAGCUACAUUGUUAUGUUAUUGCACUGAUCAAGAAAAGGAAAAAAGAAAAGAAUACACCUAUAUGCUUUUUUAUUUCAUGCUUAUUCAUGAUUAAUGACACUGAUUUCUCAAUGUUUAGAAUAGAACAUUGUUUAAAAUCUUCUUUAUGUUGACAAACUGAUGACAGCUAGACAUUAGGCCAUGAUCCUGCAAGCACGUAUUCAUGUACUUAAUUUUACCUGCUAUAAGCAAACCCAUUUACUUUACUGGACUGGGCCCUAAAUUUGCCUCCUAUGAAAGAGUGUACAAACCAAAUACUCCAUAAAAAGCCUUAUAUAACUAAUUUGGAUGAGGAGAUUGUCUUGAGAUGUCUCUCUGCAAUACUUCGGUCAAAAAGGAAAUGAGGAUAAAAUGUAAGAAAUUCUGGGUUCUAAUCCCAACUUCUACCACUGAAUUCCUAUGUGGCCUCAGUAAAUUAUUUAGGCCAAAAUUAUUAAAAAAUGGCUUCUAAUUUUAUUUAACUCAAUUUUUAGUGUCCAAAUUGGGGUAUCCAUCAAUUAGGGCACUCAUGAAGUUCAAACAAGUGUUUGCUGCUUGUUGGAGGCACAGGCAGCCAGAGGCAACCAAG